AAUGCAAACUGACCAACUCAAACUUGAAGAACGAAAAAGGCAAAAAAGGAAUACUUUUAAGAGUGGGAAAUGGGAAGCACAAAAACUGAGUCAUACUUUGUUUUCAUGAAUUAUGAUCCUGAAUACCACCGUCUUCACGCUGAUCGAACUAAGAAAGGGGCGUAUGAGCUUGAUUUGUAUCUGAGUAGGAAGCACGAUGAGCUGUUGGCAAGCACCCUUCAACCUGGUACCUACAGGAAGACCUUAUCUUUGGUCAUUGUUGAUGGUUUUGCAGUCGAAAUCACUGAGGCUCAGGCUGUUUAAUGAAAUGGUCAGGCCAAUGUGCUGAGAUCUGCCAAUGGGGUAAGAGUUGUGGAGAAGAAUCAAGAGCUUGCUUAGUGCUGCUAAAGCUUGAAUGUUUGCAGAACGGAAGAGAAAAUAGGUUUCAACUUUCAAGAGCUUCUUGUAGAUGUGGGUUUUCAGUCUGUUUCUCUCUCUCUUAAUAAUCAUUCAGGACUUGAAAUAUUGCAUAUUGCAGCUCUAAAUCGAAGCAAUUUAGUCGUUUAAUGCA